GCGUGAGGAGGAGCGAGGGAAAGGAGGCGGAGGACGAUGAACGUCGGGAAGAGCGAGCUGCUGCGGUCCGCGCGCCAGGGCAUCAUCUUGUGCAGCGACCACGAGCCGAACUGCACGGCGCGCACCACGGAGACCCUGGCGCUGACAGCGGCAUCCGCGUGGAUCGGCAACGGCUCGGCGGUGGAUGCGUCCCGGUUCGUGGAGCUCCAGCUUCCCGCCUCGGCCGCCCCAACGGUGGCGAUGGCACCCGAGUCCCCGCACCCAUACCCAACAGUGGACGUGCCCGACCACGCCCACUACACCAUCGGCUCCGUCAUCCUGGUCAUCGGCAUCACCGGCAUGAUCGGCAACUUCCUGGUCAUAUAUGCCUUCAGCAGGAGUCGCAGCCUGCGGACGCCGGCCAACAUGUUCAUCAUUAACUUGGCGAUCACAGACCUGCUGAUGUGCGUCACCCAGGCACCCAUCUUCUUCACCACCAGCAUGCACAAGAGAUGGAUCUUUGGAGAGAAAGGCUGCGAGCUGUACGCAUUCUGUGGCGCUCUCUUCGGGAUCUGCUCCAUGAUCACGCUGACGGUGAUCGCACUCGAUCGCUACUUCGUCAUCACACGACCUCUGACCUCCAUCGGCGUGUUGUCGCGGAAACGGGCCCUCCUCAUCCUCAUUGCGGCCUGGACCUACUCCCUGGGCUGGAGUCUGCCGCCGUUCUUCGGCUGGAGUGCCUAUGUCCCAGAGGGCCUGCUGACUUCCUGCACCUGGGACUACAUGACCUUCACCCCGUCGGUGCGAGCGUACACCAUGCUGCUCUUCAUCUUCGUCUUCUUCCUGCCACUCUUCAUCAUCAUCUACUGCUACGUCUUCAUCUUCCGCGCCAUCCGCUCCACCAACCAGGCUGUGGGUAAGAUUAACGGCAGCAUUCACAGUCACGGCAGCACUCGAGACUCGGUGAAGAAUUUCCAACGGAUGCAGAACGAGUGGAAGAUGGCGAAGAUCGCUCUGAUCGUCAUCCUGCUCUACGUCGUCUCCUGGUCGCCGUACUCCACCGUCGCUCUCACUGCUUUCGCCGGGUACGCAGACAUGUUGACUCCCUACAUGAACUCUGUGCCCGCUGUCAUCGCCAAGGCCUCGGCCAUCCACAACCCCAUCAUUUAUGCCAUCACACACCCAAAAUACAGGAUAGCGUUAGCUAGUACAUUCCCAUGUCCUCGGCAUGCUGCUCUGCGUUCAUCCUCGCGACCUCCGCUCGGCCAGCAGCAGCUUCAUGUCACGCGCCGCUCCACCGUGACCAGCCAGACCUCCGACAUCAGCAGCCAGCUAAGGCGGCAGAGCAACCGCAAGUCCCGCCUCUCCUCCGCCUCCGACAGCGAAUCGGGUCUGACGGACCUGAGCUGACCUGUCCAGUAUGGGUCCAGACCAGACCAGCCGCCAGGUGUCCUGGUGACAUCAGCAGAGACACCGCUGAGCUCCCUGACUUCAAACCCUCCUCCAGCUUCAAGUCCAAGAUGAAAAGCAACGACUCUGGCAUCUUCGAAAAGACUGUCCCAUGACACUGAUAUCUCCAUGGCAGGAGUCGGUGAACGCGGCAGCAUCCCAAAUACGGAUUUUGGCAGAGGGACACGUGAGGAGAGGCACGAUCGGGCCGAAUCCCGAGCAUCGUCAUCACCUCGGAGUCCAGUCCUUUCCUUCCUAUUGGACGAAAGGGUUCCUGCACUGCCCGCCCCAAGACAGCCAAUAACAACAACAACACAGGGUCUGGCUCUGGGUAGAGCACCUGCAAUCAUGUGACCACAUCACGUCCAGUCAGAUGUUUAGAAAUGGAGAAGGGGAACACCUGUAGAUCAGAAACAAAGUAUUACAGGAAGUCAUUAUUACAUUUCUGACAGAGUUUUCACACCUCGUAGGUUUAGAGAAUUUAUCUCAAUUUAUCUUGAUUUUAGUUUUGACUAGAACACAGAUUUUAGACAGAGAACCAAACCUGGAUCUUAUUAUUUUUUUUAACCAAUGAAAUGACAAUAGACUGUUCAAAUAUUAUCACUUAAAGAGCAACUUAACACCUUGUAUAAGCUUGAGCACACACCAUUCACAUGUACAAAAUGUCCGUCACAGCUCUGAUAGAUCAUUGCACCAGAGUCCCUCUAUUUUAUUGGACAUUUAGUACAAAAACAAACCCGGGUCUUAGACAAAACUGUAAGGGGGGGGGGUCUGGUUAGGAUGCCACAAUCUUUACCGUUAUUAGAAAAUCCCUGGUUUGAUUUCAGACAAAACACAAGGACUUUCAAACUAGGAGAACCGCCUGUUCAUGGUCCCAUGUGAAAACUAAAAGUAAUGUUUGACUUCAUUUUGUCACGCAGUCGUUAGUGACUCGUCGGUAUCGUCAGUCCGUGAGUGUGCUGUUCCAUGUGAAUUUAACCGUGAACCACGACCAAAGUGGUUGUGUGGCCUAAACUUGAAAGGACACUAUGCAUGUAACAUGCGUUACAUUGACACUGGAGCUCCAUCUUACCUCCUACUUUAUGCCUUCGCGUUUUUGCAUUUAGGCUCAUGGCAUUAGAUCAUGCUUUCUUCAAUCAGCUUGGUUCUCAUCGUUUCUUUCCCCACCUGACUGCGUCAUCAGCUGUCCUCGGGGGUUCCCCACACACAACAGGAUAUGCGAUCGGAAAUAUUGAACGUUAAUAUUUACGAUUUGAAAUCGGUGCGGCCGGGAUGGACUUCAGAGCCGAUCGGGUGAUGUAAAAAAAACACUCUUAACAUACCUCACACCACAGGAACAUCUGGAAAGAUAAUCCUUAGAGCCAUAGAAAAAUCUGGGUUUUACUUGAUGGGCUUGAUUCUUCUCUGGGUGUGUACCCAGCAGGCUUUCUUUAACCAGUUAGGAUUGUUUUACUUUAGCCAGCCAUAGCAACUGGUUAAAAGACAAAACAGGAAAUGCAGAAUACUAAGAAGACAGAAUUACUCUGUAAAUGUCAAAUACUAUAGAUACUAUAGACUGGGACCAGGUCAUAUAUUAUACUAACUCAAACAGUGUAUUUAGUGUUACGUUGCUCUUUAAAAAUGCUGUGAAUUAAUGGUCACCCUAAAAUACUUUAAUUGGUUUAUUUAACCUUUUAACCUUUAUACCCACACAGGUGUGUUUAGUUAUUCUGUAUAACUAGACCCCUGUGUAUAUAAGAGUGUCCUGUGUGACUGUCCAAGACUUUUAACAUUGAAUCAGAAGACGUUAUAAUAGGACAUCUUUCCUUCUAGUUCUGAAGCCAAACUUUUUUACUUUAAGUUUAACCCAAAGAAAAUCAUGUUCCUGAACCAGAGGCCUGUACUACGAAGCAGAAUUUGCUUCGGAGCAGGUUAUGUUUUUACUUCUCCUUACUGCUUUGAAUUAUGUUUUAUUUAUUUAUUUUUUUACUUGCUCUCGUCUGUUUCACACCGAAA